AUGGUUCCAUCAGCCACCGAGUCCCGGGGCAUCUUCGUCCUCAGGAAAACCGUCGUGCUGAAGAAGCUCAGUAGGAGUAGCUGAGUUCAUUAGGAGACAGGAUCAGGGAACCAGACGACGAGCAGGAGGGGGAUGCGGAGGAGAACCAGUGGAGAACCAGUACCUGGCAGGACCUGAAAACGUAGACGAAGGAGUUCCUCUUCAUGAGAAGCAGCUCUCUCUCGAUGCAAGCUUUCAGCAGCUCCUUCCUGCUGACACCGUAUUUGGACGUGGUCAGAGCCGCAGGGUGGCUCUUGCUCCUGUCGAACGGCACCGAGAGCUCCUUCUUCAUAUCUUUCCCAACAUGGAAGGCCUUGAAGGACUCGGCGAACUCGUUCACGGGAACGAAUCGGUAAGGCUCGCCGUGGCGGGCCCAGUACUGCCCUUGGUCCUUUCUCGACGUCACCUGGCGAAAAUUUCCAGGAUAAAGAUUCUCACGUUAUUUUUUGAGAAGAUCAUCAAAACGUAUUCACAGAAACAGGGGAGGCGCUGACCUCUUGGAGGAAGUCGGCGAUGCCCUUCCUCUCCGGGCACUUGAAGCCCAUGAACUCGAAGAACUCGAGGACAUACUCGCGGGGUCCCUGGUAGACGAUCUUCCCAUCGGAGAGGAGGAUGAUGUCAUCGAAGAGUUCGUAAGUCUCCGGCGCUGGCUGGAGCAGCGAGAUGAGGGCAGUUCCCCCGAGGAUGUGGAUCGACUGCCUCAGAGCCUUGACGAUCUGGAAGGUGGUCGAACUAUCCAGUCCGGUCGAUAUCUCGUCCAUGAACAGAGCUCUCGCGGGUCCAACCAUCAUCUCCCCUGAGAUGGUUCGGCGGAAGCUUCUUUAAUAGGGAGAAAUAGAAUGGAAGAAGGAUCUUUAAAACUCUCUCGUUCUCUCUCUCUCUCUCUAUAUAUAUAUAUAUAAUGUCUAUACAUAUAUUACCUGUUGUAACGCGCUUCUUUUGGCCGCCGGAGAUGCCCCGUACCAUCUCAUUCCCAACCAUGGUGUCAGCACAGAUAUCCAAUCCCAGGAUCUGCGGAGGAAGAUUUAUAUCAAAUAAGAGGCCAGGAGUCAAAGAAGUAACUGAGAAAGUUUCUAAGGAAAUCAGAGGCCUGCCUUGAGGAUGUAGUCUGUCACGACUCUGGGUUGUUGGCCUUUUAUUGCAGCGGCCUGUUUUAACGAAGAUAGCCGUCAGUCGCUCCACCGGGGAAUUUGAGAGAGAGAGAGAGAGAGAGAGAGAGAGGGAGAGAAAUCUUAGUGAAGAGUUAAUUACCUUCAUGAAGACGUCGACGUCAGGAUCCGGCUUGAUGUUGGCCUCUUUCUCUCUUCUCGACAACUCCGACAGCAUCUCUGCGAUCGCAGGAGGGAAUUAUUCACUUCAUAAUCUACGGGAAAUGGUUCUGGCGAAAACCAGGUGGAACAGAGCUCACCGAGACGCGUUCCUACGCCCUGACAUCUAGCAGAGAAGGUAAGUGUUUCCCGAACAGUCAUCUCCCCGAUGUGGAGAUCAUACUGGCUGAUGUAGGCGGCUGUUCUUUCCGGGACGAACUCGUCCAAUCCGUGCCCAUUGUAGGUUAUGUUCCCGGAAACCUUCUCAAAUGGAAAAAUGUGAAGCUCGCGACUCAGCUGACAAAUCGGAUGAAGAAGAUGAUGAAGAUGAAGAAAAACAAGAAGAGACCUUGACGUCUGAGCCCAGCUUCCCAGAGAGAGCCAGCAAAAGGGACGUCUUGCCAGAUCCCGGGGGACCCAAAAGCAGAGUCAUCCUGAAGAACAUUGAAAACAGAGAUUAUGGGGAAUUCUGAAAGCCAUGGGCCGUGGGAGAGAGCGAACUCGAUCAUUCUCAUCCUCCACACCUGCGAGGCUUGAUGGUGCCGCUAACAUUAUGAAGAAUGAAGAUCGGCUUCUUCCUGCUGGGAAGGAUGCGGAGGGCCGACGCCGCGAGCUUCAAAGACACCAGCAGUUCGAAUCAGGCCUCUGAGAAACCAGCGCGUCAUUGUCGAGUCCUCUGAGAAAACCUUUACCUCCAGGAUGUUCAAGGCGGAGUUGUAGAUUGUGGGAAGCGCUCUUCCCCCGACGCGAGCUUCCGCUGUGAUGUUGAGGUCCUCGAAACGCACUUCGAUCGUCGGAAGAUCGAUACCCACUCUGCACAAACCAGAGAUAAAAAAACAAGCUCAGUGUUGAGCAAAAAAUUCAGGCGGUGAUAAUUCUACCUGAUGAUGGGAAUCGGAAACUUUCAGAAGAGAGGAGGAUAGUUUAUAUGUAAGAGUUACCGAUUAAUGCGAUCCCUGAGCUUCAGCAGGAACCUUUCAUUAUCCUCGUCUGCGAUCCUGACCAGCCUCUCGAGUAGGGUCCUCCUAUCCUGGUUCCCGAGGUCCUUUAUCUCGAUCUCCCUGUGACCGCCUUCUUGGCCGACGAGGAUGCCCUUCCUCAUGCGGUUGUAGGUAGGGAGCUUCUCCAGGGCUGCCCAUUUCAGCGCCUCCUCGUCGUCCUCGUCCCUGGACGACCUGGAGAAGACGUCGUCGGUGUUCCUCCAGCUAUUCCGUCUCAGGCUCCCGGCCCUGUAG